CAUGAACGCAUAAAAUGCGGACGCGACCAUCCCGCCCCCCCUCCUCUUCUUCCUUCCUGCAAACAACACCCCCAUACCCCCACUUUCUCUCUCCACCACACCCCACCCAACCAUGAACCCCUGCGGAAACGACGUUUGCACCUGCGGCUCCUCCUGCGUGCGGAUCCGGCUGCCAGUGCGGUAAGUCUGCUGCUGCCGCUAGCUCGAACACCGAUGCCUGCAACUGCAAGUCCGGCGGCAAGUGUUCCUGUGCCGGCUCCUGCACCUGCGCUGCCAAGACUUCCGGAUGCGGCUGCUCCUCUGGUGCCAAGUGCACCUGCACCGCCGGCUCUUGCAACUGCAACAAGUAAAACACGGACCGAAGAUGGACUGGAUGGACUCGCUUGAAGAGACAUUACCAUCUACAUCUUAUCCUGCAAGAUGUACCUAUCUAUUGAUCCACAUCUCAAGAGCUGUCUGCGUGGAGAGAACAGGAAACCUACAAUAAUCUGAUUUCUGGUACAUUUUUUUUGAUAAAUAAAAGAGUUCUCAUCAACGAUAUAUCUCGCUAUCCCAUCUUUCUGUGUGCCUUUGCUAUGGUCCAUUAAGGAUGGAGAUCUGCUCUUGAGGAAGUUCUA